AUGGGGGGGACAUGCUGUGAGCAACACAUCUGCAGGAAUAACUCAGGCAAUCAGUGGACGGCCGUGCCGUUGCCGCGCCUGCCCACCUUCCUCCGGUCCCACCCCAGCACCUUCCUCCGGUCUCCUCCCAGCACCUUCCUCCGGACUCACCCCAGCACCUUCCUCCGGUCCCUCCCCAGCACCUCCUUUCGGUCACUCCCAGCACCUUCCUCCGGUCUCCCCCAGCACCUUCUUCCGGUCUCCCCCAGCCUCUCCUUCCGGUCUCCCCAGCACCUCCUUCCAGUCUCCCCCAGAACCUUCCUCCGGUCUCUCCCCAGCACCUUCCUCCGACCUCGCCUCAGCACCUUCCUCCGACCUCGCCCCAGCACCUUCCUCCGACCUCACCCCAGCACCUUCCUCUGCACCUCCUUCCGGUCUCCCCCAGGACCUCCUUUCGGUCUCCCCCAGCACCUUCCUCCGGUCUCCCCUCAGCAUCUUCCUCCGGUCUCCCUCAGCACCUUCCUCCGGUCUCCACCCAGCACCUUCCUCCGGUCUCCCCACAGCACCUUCCUCCAGUCUCACCCCAGCACCUCCUUUCGCACCUCCUUCCGGUCUCCCCCAGCACCUUCCUCCGGUCUCCCUCAGCACCUUCCUCCGGUCUCCCCCCAGCACCUCCUUUCGGUCCUCCCCAGCACCACCUUCCAGUCUCUCCCCAGCACCUUCCUCCGGUCUCCCCACAGCACCUCCUUCCGGUCUCCCCCAGCACCUUCCUCCGGUUUCCCCCAGCACCUUCCUCCGCACCUCCUUUCGGUCACUCCCCAGCACCUUCCUCCGGUCUCCCCCAGCACCUUCCUCCGGUCUCCCCCCAGCACCUUCUUCCGGUCUCCCCCAGCCUCUCCUUCCGGUCUCCCCAGCACCACCUUCCAGUCUCUCCCCAGCACCUUCCUCCGGUCUCCCCUCAGCACUUUUCUCCAGUCUCUCCCCAGCAACUCCUUUCGGUCUCCCCCAGCACCUCCUUCCGGUCUCCCCCAGCACCUUCCUCCGGUCUCCCCCAGCACCUCCUUUCGGUCUCCCCCAGCACCUUCCUCCGGUCUCCCCUCAGCACCUUCCUCUGACCUCACCCCAGCACCUUCCUCCGACCUCGCCCAGCACCUUCCUCCGACCUCGCCCCAGCACCUUCCUCUGACCUCACCCCAGCACCUUCCUCCGACCUCGCCCCAGCACCUUCCUCUAGUCUCUCCCAGCACCUUCCUCCAGUCUCCCCCUAGCACCUCCUUUCGCACCUUCCUCCGGUCUCCCCAGCACCUUCCUCCGGUCUCCCACAGCACCUUCCUCCGACCUCGUCCCAGCACUUUCCUCCGACCUCGUCCCAGCACAUUCCUCCGGUCUCCCCAGCACCUUCCUCCGGUCUCCCCAGCACCUUCAACUGGUCUCCCCCAGCACCUUCCUCCGGUCUCCCCAGCACCUUCCUCUGACCUCACCCCAGCACCUUCCUCCGACUUCGCCCCCAGCACAUUCCUCAGGUCUCCCUCAGCACCUUCCUCCGACCUCGUCCCAGCACCUUCCUCCGACCUCGUCCCAGCACAUUCCUCCGGUCUCCCCAGCACAUUCCUCCGGUCUCUCCCCAGCACCUUCCUCCGGUCUCCCCAGCACCUUCCUCCGGUCUCCCCCCAGCACCUUCCUCUGACCUCACCCCAGCACCUUCCUCCGACCUCGCCCCAGCACAUUCCUCCGGUCUCCCUCAGCACCUUCCUCCGGUCUCCCUCAGCACCUUCCUCCGACCUCGCCUCAGCAUCUUCCUCCGACCUCGCCCCAGCACCUUCCUCCGGUCUCCCAAGCAACUUCCUCCGAUCUCGCCUCAGCACCUUCCUCCGACCUCGUCCCAGCACCUUCCUCCAGUCUCCCCCAGCACCUCCUUUCGGUCUCCCCCAGCACCUCCUUCCGGUCUCCCCAGCACCUCCUUCCGGUCUCCCCCAGCACCUCCUUCCGGUCUCUCCCCAGCAGAUUCCUCCGGUCUCCCCAGCACCUCCUUUCGGUCUCCUCCCAGCACCUCCUUCCGGUCUCCCCAGCACCUCCUUCCAGUCAACCCCCAGCACCUUCCUCUGGUCUCUCCCCAGCACCUUCCUCCGACCUCGCCUCAGCAGCUUCCUCCGACCUUGUCCCAGCACCUUCCUCCGACCUCACCCCAGCACCUCCUUUAGCACCUCCUUUCGGUCUCCCCCCAGCAUCUCCUUCCGGUCUCCUCCCAGCACCUUCCUCCGGUCUCUCCCUAGCACCUUCCUCCGACCUCGUCCCAGCACCUUCCUCCGACCUCGUCCCAGCACCUUCCUCCGACCUCGUCCCAGCACCUUCCUCCGCACCUUCCUCAGACCUCGCCUCAGCACCUUCCUCCGACCUCGUCUCAGCACCUUCCUCCGGUCUCCCCAAGCAACUUCCUCCGACCUCACCUCAGCACCUUCCUCCGGUCUCCCCCAGCACCUCCUUCCGGUCUCUCCUCAGCACCUUCCUCAGACCUCGCCUCAGCACCUUCCUCCGGUCACCCCCAGCACCUACCUCCGACCGAAACACAUCAUCAUCAACAUUACAUCAGCCUCCUCUGACAAGAGAAUACUUAAACAAUAA